UGUAGAGAACUACAAUCUCUCCCAGCGUGCUCAGUCAUGAAACUUCCUUGAGUUCAUCGCGUUUCUUAUAUCAUAAUAUUAUUAAUAUAAUAAUAAUAUAUUUAAUAUAUCUCGUGUAUUUUCUGUUGUCAUAAAAUCUUUAUACAGUAAGUUUGAUCAGUAACAGACUGAAUGUUUUUAGCUGCACAGAGGCAGAUUUAAGAGAUUUGAUCAGUUUCUCUUCCUGAAAGUCGCAGAAUGACUGAAGCAUUUUCAGCCAGUGAGCAGCACGCGCGCGUUCACAGCCGUAAAUCUGCGGGUUUUCUUGAACGGUUGGGUGACAGCACGGGUGGAGUGAUCGCGGGUCUCUGUCUGUUCACCCUGUCUGUCUAUCUGCUCUUCACCAACGAGGGUCGAGCUGUUCGUACUGCUCUCUCUCUGGAUGAGGGUCUCUCUCAGGUUGUGUCUCUUGCUGCAGAUUUGAGUUUGGAUCCUGAGAAUAACAAUCGUCUGGUUCAUCUCUCCGGCAAACUGCAGACAGGACAGCCCCUGUAUGACCCGAACUACAGCGUGUCUGUGCAUGCAGUGAAGUUGAAGAGACAGGUGGAGAUGUACCAGUGGGUGGAGUACACAGAGAGCAGGGACUUUAAAGAAAACGGAGAGACUAAGACAGAAACCACAUACACAUACAACACCGAGUGGAAGUCAGAGGUCAUUAGCAGCCGACACUUUGAUCAGGAGGUCGGCCACAUGAACCCGAGUGCUAUGGCGGUAGAGAGCGUGACUGUUGUGGCACCUGACGUUUGGGUCGGACAACUCUUUCUGUCCAAAGGGUUAAUCGAGCAGAUUAAUGACUUCCAAACGUUGAGUCUUAAAGGAUUUCCUGUUUUUGACGCCAACACUUUCCUGACUGUGUAUGAAGAUUAUUUCUAUCACACUGCAAACCCUCGAAGGCCAGAGGUGGGAGAUGUUCGCGUUAUGUUCACCUAUGCUGGUCUCAGUGGUGACGGAUUGUUUCCUGGCCCCGCCCACAAGGUGAGUAUUGUGGCCAUGCAGCAGGGUGAUAAACUGAUGCCCUAUAAGACUCGGUCAGGGGACACGCUGGAGAUCUUGUACAUGGACGAGCUGUCUGUAGAGGAGGUGUUUGCUAAAGAGCACCAGCUGAACAAUAUGAAGACUUGGGCAUUCAGGGUGGGAGGCUGGGCGCUCAUGUUUCUGGGCAUCAGUCUGACCACACGCAUUAUAUACACACUGGUGGAUUGGGUUCCUGUCGUGAGGGAGUUGGUAUCUCUGGGCUUGAAGAUGUUUGCUCUCAUCAUCUCAUCUUCUCUGUCUCUGCUCGUCAUCGCUGUGGGCUGGGUCUUCUAUCGCCCUCUGGUGGCAGCGCUGAUAACGGCCCUCGCUCUGCUGCCGGUUCUUAUAGGACGCACCAGAGCUCCGUUCAAGAAAACACAAUGACUAUAUUAUUGUGUUGGUAAAUCAAGGUGACGGUGAUACACAUUUUAGUUUUGCUCAGCUGUUGUUUGUGUGGUGUUAAAGUGCAUUUAUGAUGUAGGAUCUCAAUCCAUUCUAUUAAACGAGAGAUACGAGCAAGUCGUUACAGAUUAUUGUCACAGUUCAUUCGGCUUUAUAAGCUUCUAUCUGACAUGUUUGUCAAAAUUAAAGUUUCAUUGUGUAAUUUUUAGAAGGAUGUCUUGACAGAAAUGCAAAAUAAUCAAGAUAACUAUAUUAUCAGUUGUGUGUAAAGACUUUAGAGUUACAGUGAGUCGUUUUUAUCUCCAUACACUGUGGGUCUCCUUACGUGGAGGUCGCCAUCAUCUUUCUAAGUAAGCGGACAAACUUCUCUAUAGAGCUCGUGUUGUUACUUCAUUGUCUCAGACGAUGACAUGUUUGUCCUGUGGGGGCUACUGUAUGUGUUUUGAAAUUGAGGGGUGAGCUGUUGGUUGCAAUUCACAUUCUCACCACUAAAUGCCGCUAAAGUUUACACACACACCACCUUUAAGUUAUUCACACAUUCUUAUUCUGUGACAACUUAUUUACAUGAUGUCAUGUUUUUUUGGACGAUGCUUACAUUUUAGAAAAAAUUCUCAGAAUGCAGAUAGAAGCUUAUAAUACCAAGGCGGUAAGUUAUAUGACGUUAUACCACGGGUCUGCUGAAUGCUUUAUUCUGAUUGGUUGAUCCAUAGGUAUGCAUUAUUUUUUGAUAAACGCACACCUGACCUGUCAAAGGUAUUAAAAUAACCACCAGAGCAAUGUCUGUGGUAACUGUGGUAUAAGAAGAAUAAUUUGAAUUAUGUAAGGCACAAUUGACGACGUUGAAUUAUUCAAAAAUAAUGCACACCCAAGGUGGUAAUGUGGCAUGAUGCAUAUAUAUAUAUAUAUAUAUAAAAUACUCAAAACCCAUGGAACAUUUAUCAGCCAAUCAGAAUAAAGCGUUCAACAGACACGUGGUAUAAUUGAGAAUAAUGCACACCUGCAGUGUCAUACCGCAUAACCACCUUGGGUGUGCAUUAUUUGUGUAUAAUUCACAGCCUGUCGUCAAUUAUUCCUUAUUUAUUCAGCUGUCUUUAACAUCUUUGUUGUUGUGCAUAUGAGGAUAAACACUGUGGCUCAGAUUUUUUGUAAAAUCACUUAAUGUCCUGGGGUGUAUUCCAGAAAGCUGGUUAUGUGUCAUACCCGGAUAUGUUUAAAAUGAAAAACUUCUGUGGGGUGGUUUCCUGGACAGGAAUUAGCUGAAACCAAGACUAGGACUUAGUUUAAUUAGGAAAUAUAACUAGUUUUAACAAAUAUGCCUUACUAAAAACAUUACUUGUGUGCAUUUUUAAGCAAAACAAAGGGCACUGAUGUAUUUUAAGAUAUGUCAGUGCAAGUUGUUUAUAGUUUGGACAGCUCUUUCAUUUAUUUUAGUCUAGGACUAGUCUAAUCCCUGUCUGGGAAACCACCCCUUAAUGUAUUCCCCGUGUGGACACUAACUCUCGGUCACCAGUAGGAGGUUAAUUUAACUAACUCUUAUCAGGUGUUUUGGAACGGACAUGAUCAGGGCAAGCAGGUUUUAGGUUAAUCAACUGAAAGUUCAUGGUAAGUUAACCUCGCUUUCUGGAAUACAUCCCUGAACCGAUCACCUGGCAGUGAACAACAUUAAUACAGGUUAGUUUAAUCCUCAUCGAAAGGUUUUUAAGAUUAAUCUGAAUUCAAAUGUGUGUUCCCAGUAAUAAUAGUUCAGUUUCAAUGCAUUAUGAAAUAACAUUUUCGUCAGUUCAUGACUCCUCUUAUAUUACUGUAACAUUUAAAAGCUUAUUGUAUUGCAUGGCUUUCUGGAUGAUGAGUAUUUAUGAAACAUUUCAUUCAAUCAAAAAGGUGAAAGUACCUAAAUUCAGUU